CAGUCUGAUAUUGAACGUAGUGCUGGUUCGCAAGGUCUAUCAGGAGCAUAAAGUGGGUAAGGUCGCCAAGAGUAGAUUGGUGCUGACACAAAAGUUCAUGGAGAAGAAGAAAGAGCUGAAGUACAACAGUCCGCAUAAACCUUCGCUCGAUGAGAGGCACUCGGAUACAAAGGUCAAGCUUCGCAAACCGAUUUCAUAUGACGCCCAUGACAUGCACAUGAAGACUUCACAAAGCUCGGAGUCUCUGAAUUCACUGAAUGGUGGUGUGCGGCAUAGGCCGGGGCGUCAGAAAUCGCACCUGGUCGCCUCAGACUCACUGAGAAAUCUCAUCGACGGUGACAGUCCCAAAAGGAGAAGCCACGCCGACUCUGCAGGUACUGCAACAGAAAGCAAAGGCCCUACAACACUGGCAGUGCCACAUAGCUUGUCGCUGACUUGAGCUGUUGAGCCGCAAAUUUGCGUCAACAAGAACGGCUUUGGAUUGAAAACCGAUUAAUGUGAGUGUUUCAGUACGAGACGUGGGCGGAUUGAGACGUUUGGCCUGAUGGCAAGAUCAGACUUCUCACAGCUACAAACAGCGACAGUUAUGUGCGAAACAGUGGUGUAUUCUCUCCCUGCUUGUCAUUGAGGGCCAUUCUGCGAUCAGAAAUUAUACGGUAAUUAUUGCUACCUAAUUUUGUAGCAAUUAUAGUGCAAUUGGCAAUAAUCGCAGUUACAGGCAAAUACAGCGUAUUUCCAGUUGCGACAAUCAUAAGGACCUACUGGGUUGCUUGAGAGAGAGGCCUUAUCGUCAGAUUGAUUACCACUGAGUUUCGGAAUAUAAUUCCCAGAAGUCAGAGUCAGAACUUCAAACCAGGUCUCCAAACACAAGGCGGACCUCCGCGUGGUGAAAGUGGAGGAGAGAGUUCAGUGGACAACCGAGUGCACAGUCUGUCUCAGGUCUCUUGACACAGUCUAUCCAUGGCAAAGCGCAAACUGGACGAACCAUAUAGUGCCAUAUAGUGACGAAGAUGUGUUCUUCACCUCAGUUUAUAGUUGUGUACGUCUGCAGGCACGCCAUCAAUCAUUCCGCGCGUUUUGCGAAACGCCGGCGUUGGCCGACACACGCCAUGCGCACGAGGUUUAAUGAGGCAGUUGUCACGGCUGCGAUCUGCAGCGCUCGUAUGCUACGCGUCGAGUAUGGAUGUGCAUCGCGGACAAGAGUCGACAUAGUAUAAACAGCAUUGUAAAAUAUUUCGGGUCGACGAAUGUCGACCAUGUCCUUGA